UCCCUGUUUCUUUUGCCCGUGCUGGUUAAUUGUUUUUAUACUCAAGUCGGUCCCUAUGAUAUUACUGGAGGGAUGAUGAUUUAUCGUGCUGUUUAUAUGUACAGUUAUUUCGAUUUCCCUCGGACGAAGACAUCCCAAACUAGCAAAAUCACGCUGUCUCUUACUGCUAGUAGUAGCAAUGGAGGACCGCUUCAGGGUAAAAUCCUUGCUGCCAUCAUGCCAGAGAGAACCUAUAAAAACAUGGGAUAUCGCAAUGCCACUGGAUUCCUGAUUCCUUGCUGUGAUGAAGCCGGUGUUAAGGCUGCGAAGUGUGAACCGAACAAGUUCGUCAUUCCCGAGAAGUACAUGAGCAACGUCAAGCUUGAAGAGAUUGAUCUUUCCCGCACGAACACCGUCGAUCUGUCGAGCGUGAUCGUGAACAGCGGUAUGUACUACGUGGUCGCGGCCGUCUGCGACCCGUCGAUCACUCCGAACACGCGUCUGAGCGGCAUGAUGACGGCCGAGAACGUGUACGGCCACCUGCCCGCGACGCAGUACUACAGCCUGCCGUUCUUCGGCUGGAUGAGUCUCGCGUAUCUGUUCACUCUGGUGGUUUGGGUGAUGUUGUGCAUCCAGUACUCCAAGGAGAUCAUGUCCGUCCAUCUCAUGAUCCUCGUGGUGCUGAUCUCCUUCGUCAUCAACAGUCUCGUCCGCGUCCUCUAUCUCUGGAUCUACAACUCCAGCGGCAACGACGUCUUCAUCUACCUCUCCCUCUUCGUCGACGCCGUCACUCGCACGCUCACGCGCGUCCUCACCCUCCUCGUCUGCAUGGGCCUGGGCAUCAGCCGCGCGACGGUCUCCGACGUCACGGUCCGCGUGGUCAUCUUCGCCGUGGUCUACUUCGCCGUCUCGCUCUGGGACUCGCUCCUCGCGGUCCGCUCCGACGUCCCCGAGAUGCUCAAUCACGUGCGAGUGUACGUAACCGCGGGAUUGGACGCGCUGGUGUACUUCUGGGUGUUCCAGAGCCUGAUGAACACGAUGGACGAGCUGCGCCAGAACAAGCAGCACGCGAAGCUGGCGGUGUUCGUGCGUCUGUACUCGCUGCUGCUGGUGAGCGUGGUGGUUUCCACGGUUACCCUGAUUGUGUUCAGCUACCUGGUGAACAACGAGGACAUCCCGAACACGUGGCGGUUCCAGUGGUUCAUGAACGAAGGCGUGUGGAGUCUCUAUUACUUCUUGCUCUUCCUCUGUCUCAUGUACAUGUGGAGACCCACCGAGAACUCGGCCGCCUAUGCGCACCAUAGCGAGCUCGCUACCGAUAUUCAGGACGAGGAGGAGGAGUAUGGACUCCCUCAGAACAAGCUUGAGACCGGAGAGGAGGGAGAGGUCGUGGUGAACCCCACUACGACGGACUUGAAGCCUAUGAAUAUCACGGAGGGAAGCGCUCAGGCGUAAUUGUUAGUGUAUGGUCAAAGAGUGAUUU